AUGCUCUCGCCGACGGCGCUGCUGCAGCGCUAUCGGCUUUUUCACCCUCGCCGGGAGAACAUUCCGUUCCAUAUGAACCCGGCAAAGUCGAUGUUCCCGCUCAUCAACAGCAGCAACCUCUUAGCAAAGCCACGGAAUAGUUGGCAAGACUUUGCUGGAAGAAAAGAGUUUGAUGAGGAUCAUCCACUCCCAGUUGUUGCCUCGCGACUGAAUGAGCGGACAACCCAGCAUAAGUGGUCUCACUGGGAUCAGUACCUCAAUCCACAGAUCACGCUGUCUGCAAGGGAUUUGACGCCAACACCGGAAUACGUGGGCAGGCGCAGCGGGCAUAACGUGAUUAGGAUGGGAUGGAUGAAAAUAGGAGGGAGCUGGAAGUACUCCCGCGGGUACAACGAUAGGCGCAACGUGUUUGCCCGCGGUCAGUGGCAGGAGCGCAAGAUGACGCCGCGGUUUAUGCUCGCCCCUCGAGUUUCAGCAGGUGGACCACGAAACCGUUAUGAGGGAAAGCUGGUGUUUUCCCGCCUCAAGCUCAGUAAGCUCCUCUGGGCUAUCGAUACGGGUCGCCUCAACCCCAAUGAGGUCAUCACAGUCUAUCAUCUGCGCGAAGCCGGGGUUGUGGCUGAGGGCGAGAUUGUUUGGCCAGGAUUUGUGCUUGUUAGCAGUGGCGUGAGCCGUGUGCCGUAUCCCCUUCACAUUGAGCUUCAAAAUGCAUCGGCCGAAAGUAUUCGGCUUAUUGAAGAAGCCGGUGGGUCCUUUACUGGGGUGUACAUGACUCAUGACGGCCUCUACCAGGAGAUUCACCCGGAGGAGUACCCCAUCUUCCCUGAGCAGGAGUUGCCGGAUCGGAAGGGCCUAGAGGGCCUCGCAACAAACCCCGGCAAACGUGGCUGGCUUGUUCGCUGGUACGAGGACGAGGGUAAGUACGCGCAUCCUGAGGCAGGGCGGCGCUACUCACACUACGUCCGACCACCAACCGAGCGCGACUUUCCAGCCACAGUUGAGGAGUACGAAAUGGUGAAGCAUCAUCAGAAGUGGCAUCUGAAUCAGCCAGGAACUGGAACACUGCUGCCGUGGCACUCCUACAACACGGCGGACCUCUUGAAAAGAUCCACGGGACGUCUUUAA